UUUCCGGAGCGACGCGACGCUCCCUUUCUCAACUCCCUAUCACCAAGCUCAACCGGUGCAUCGCUAGUCAACAGGCGUUACGCAUUCUACCCGAGCCACCGACUGCGACACCCGGGAUCUCGAACCAGAGACGCCUCCGCCAUGACGGAUAAGCUCCCUCCCAACCUGCUGGCGCUUUUCGCGCCGCGCCCUCCUCUUCGAUGGGUUGCGCCUCCCGACCAUGCGCCCGAGUCUCGACGAACCUUGCCGGUCUCGGGCGUCGCCGAGUUUCUCCCCGCGCUCCAGCAUUACAAGGAAACGGAUGAUUACAAGCCGACGGAGUCCUGGUUGCAGAUGCGCGACCGCAAGAAGCUUGAGAAGCAGGCUGCCGUCGAGAGCCUCAAGACAGAGGGGCCAAAGAACUUUAAACCGCACGAAGACCCGAACAUCCGUGGCGACGCCUUCAAGACGCUGAUCGUUGCGCGACUCUCGUACGAGGCCAACGAGCAGGACCUCGAGAGGGAGUUUGGUCGUUUCGGCCCCAUUGAGCGUAUUCGCAUCAUCACUGACACUCAUGCACAUGAGAAGCCCAGAAAGAAGAAGAAGCCCCACCGUGGCUAUGCCUUCGUUGUAUUUGAACGGGAGAAAGACAUGAGAGCUGCUCUAGAUGCCUGCGAUGGCAUUCGAAUCAAGGACCGACGUAUCAAGGUAGACGUCGAGCGAGGCCGUACCGUCAAGGGCUGGGUCCCCCGCAGAUUUGGCGGUGGUCUUGGCGGAAGAGGUUACACCAAGGCUCUUCCAGCCAGGCCUAUGGGCGGCGGACCUGGUGGCAACUUUGGCGGCGGUGGCGGCUUCCGAGGAGGUUUCCGUGGCGGCUUCGAGGGAGGACGUGGUGGCCGCGGAGGCUUCAGAGGAGGAGGCUUCGGUGGCCGUGGAGGUUUCCGUGGCGGCGGCGACUUUGCCCCCCGUGGCGGCGAUCGCGGCCCGAACGGAUAUGGUGCACCCAGAGAUGCGCCAUCAGGGCCUGGUCGUGGAUUCGGUGGCGACCGUGGUGACCGAGGCGACCGCAGCUUUUCCGGCGGUGGGUAUGACCGUGGUGGUGGCCGCUCAUUUGACGACAGAUCUGGCGGCGGUGGCGACCGCGGCGACCGCGGUGGCGGUUACCGUGAUGGAGGUCGCUUCGGCGACCGUGGUGAUCGGGACCGCGACGGUGGCCGGAGAACUGGAAGCAACAUGGAGCCGAUCAGACCCAGAGGCGAAGGUGGGUAUCGCGGUGACCGAGGCGACAGAGAAGACCGGGAUCGCGGCGGCCGCGACAGAGACAGAGACUACGACCGACCUCGCGACGACGACAGCAGGAAACGUGGCUACGAAGGCGGCGGCUACGAGGACCCCAGGAAGUUGCGCCGUUAUUGACGAGACACGUGUUAGUGUCUUGCGGUGGGUGACCGACCGCUCGCCCGUCUCAUCUCUUAGUCUCUUUUCUCCUUCCCUUUCUCUAUUGAGGGUAAGCAGAAGGUGCCAGGCGCAAAGCUUUCAAGUAUCUCCAUAUUCGGAUUAAGACAAGUCGAACUCAUGCCAUUGGGCAAGUAUAUGCUAUGCGCAUACCGACCAGGCGCCCCCGGUCCAGUAUCACAGCAUACAACCCUCUCAUAGGACGCCUAUCAAAUGCCUUGAACGUCUACAGGACCCGCUGGAAGGUAAUCUUGUUUAUGUGUCUUCCGCACCGGCCUAAACCGAACGACGAAGCAGACGACGAACUGUUCCAACAACAAAAUUUCAACGGCGAUUGACGGCGACGCAGGUAAGGUCAGAGGUAAGGGACUCCGCGCCUACUGACCUGGAGCUUAGUGAGGAGAUACGGAUAUGGGUCAAGGGACAUGUACCACGUUAUAAUUACUUGUAUCAAUAGGUGAGGACCUCUCGUCGUUUCUCCACCGAGACCACGUCGUUAGGGUAGCUUUCUCUUUGCAUAAUGUCGCGGCGAGCAAACUAUUCUGCCCCCCCUCCCCUGACUCCCAACGUACACAAGAGAAACAAAAAGCGAUGCCUGGAGUUUUUUGUACGUAGGUUCUCGUGAGUUGAGGUAGAAUGAUGGGGAUAAAAUUGCUCCCCCGACGUAUGACCCGAAAAUAAAAAACUUGUUCUCUAACAAACCGUCCGGAACGCCGUAAGUUGUUUUUCUGGAAACCCCCCCCCCCCCAUCCUCGCAAUCCAUGAUGGUAUCGGCCCAUAUGACAGAAAGCAAUCAUCAAGUCUAGAAGCUUUUUGUUUUUUGUCCUUUUUUCCGUUUCGUUUUGGUUGUGUGAGUGUGUGUGUGUGUCCUUCUCUCUCUUUCCUUC